CAACGAUGUCGUGGACCUCUGCGAGCAAUUUCCGGAGCUCGUUGACUACUCCAGACUGAGAUUUUGGCCCCGAGUUCACGACCAGUUUGUGUCUGCCUUCACGUGAAUUAUGAUUCAAUUGACAGAACCUUAAGGUAGUUUGAGCUCUCGAUCGACGUGCAGCUGGAGAGCUCACUUUGAGAAUUGAUGGCCGUGUAAUCUUGUGGGUAUCUGUCCGGUGUAGUACCGGUUUGAGAGAGAUGCAGAGCUGGGAUUGGUCAUAUUUUGUCUCAGUAUGCUCUUUGGGUACAUUUAUGGAGCCGUAUGUCAAGAUUCAGUGUCGCAGCAACUUCAAUUUUCUUCGAUGAAGAAUUGAGGAUUUCGACACGCCAGUGCCUGGAAUUUGGAACUCGUGCCUAAGAUGGAAUUUCGUCAAGGGGAUGAGAGUCGCUCAAAAUGGCUUGAGGGACGGGAUGAACCCUCGAAGAAGAUACACGUCGUUGACACCAUGCCCGAUUUGCACUAUGACACAACUCUCAAAAGCAUGUACAUGGACGUGGUGAGACCGGCUAAUGAUCAUAGGUUGCUUCGUUCAUGUAAGACGGGUUUGCUCUUGAGAGACAAUGAAACCAUUCAUUGUCCGUGCACUCUCGACACAGGAGGUAUCGCUGGUGCUCAGGUCCCACCCUUAUACAAGUUCACAAAUCGUGGUCCAAAUGCUUGUCAGACUUUGGCCAAAUGUUGGGCGGAUCUUGAGAAGAGUACCCCACGCGCUCUUAUCCCAGAACAUGUGAAUAAACCUUGUACCAUUCUCGAAGCUAAAGAUAUCAAAGGAGCGUCUCCACAUCCAAAGAAUAUGAAAGUUGGAAAAGAGGCACGGGACACUAACCCUAUGGAGCCCCUCUAUUGUUUGCCCUCCUUUGUGGAACCUUGGAUUCCACUGCCUAAAUUUGUGAGGGACAGUUUAAACGUGGGAGACAUCCCAGGAACGCGUCCUUCAUCUAGACACAAACGUCUUGGUAUUUGUCUGAAUCCAGGAGAGAGGAAGUCAAUUAAGUGUGAGCGACAUCGAAGGCUGUCGUCCUGGAUGGAGGCCUUUCCAUCGACGGAAAUCUGGUAAAGAAUCUAGAAACUUGUGCCUGGAGGUUGAAGACAUAAGCGGCCCUUUCGAAGAAAGAGCUGUGCGACCAAGCACUUCAGAGGUCUAUCGAGAAGCUGAAGGCUCGCAUCCAAAGAAGCUUACUCGAACGCGCAACAUCGGAACUCCUCGAGAUUUGAGACUGAAAAUUGAUGAUAUUAAGGGUACGUAUGCCGGUAGUGGUACCUGGGAAGAUGGCACCAGACGUCGCAAAGAAUUUGCAAAUAUUCAUACUCUGGAUGAGAAAGAGCAAAAGGAUACACAGGACUCAGCACUGCAGUUUCUGAGAACGAGAAUGCAGGAUCAAAUCAAACUGAAGCAGCUUAGUUCGAAAGAUGUUGCCUCUACGUUUGAACUCCUCGACCGGCAGAAAAGUGGAAAACUGGAUAUCAAUGAGGUGGAUCGAGCGUUUAAGACUUUGAGGCUGAACGUUUGCCCAAGUGAUUUGAAGUCCAUAUCCAAAGCCUUUGUUCAUCCCAAUGGUGAUGGAUAUCUUGACUACUGGAAACUGGUGCAACAUAUGGUUCCACUUCUGCCCAAGAAGCAUGGAGCUGGGUGGGAUGACUCCAACAACGUAGGAAGGAGUGUGGACCAAGGAAUUGUGUCUCCAGUUCGCAACAAACCCUGCUACGACCCUUCUUGGGUACCAGAUUUUUUGGCCAAUCACCGUGUACAAGGUUCAGUCAACGAGUUUCAGCCCUUCAACAGUGGCCGCCCGAUUUCAGUGUCCAAAUAUUUAAAGGACCCAGGUUCUGAUCAGAGAGCUCCCUUGGGACGCUCUUCCGAGCCAGUCGAUGUUGCUACUCAGUCUACGAAAGUUUCGAACUGGGCGCAGGGAGUGCAGUUCACUCAGCAAGCCACCCCUAAAACCAGUCAGAUGCAAACCACGAUCAGUCAAAUCCAGUCCAAAAGUGAUAUUAGGCCUGCUACAGUUUCCAAGCAUGAGAGAGACCUGGAAUCAAUUCAGUGUCCCAACUUUCGGACCACUUUUGAAACAGGUCAUGCUGUGUCUCCACCAAGCAAGCGGCCGACUGGUAUUGAGGAAAACCAUUCCGGGCAAUUGUCGGAUGAUCUCAAUUCGCACAUGGCUGCUGAUAUUUUCCGUGAGGUUCCUGUGCUUUCAGUUCUCCAAGAGUGUGAACCUCAGCCAGCGCAAAUCUCCAAGGAUGCUCACUUCCAAGAAAUUGUGCCAGGUAAAGUUGGAAAGGUACGAAGACGAGAUGAUACUCUCUUCUCAAUGCUAGGCCCUCCUCGUGAAGGUCCACCAGUCAAUAUAAGCAGUGAGCAGAUCUUUGAUAAGGUGAAAGGCUUGAACAAUCAUGACGUCAAACCCUUGCCUAUUGGAGGGCCCUUUUGGCCGGGUCAUGUAGAAGUACUGCCCGAAAAUUUGGCCCCUCCCUCACCGAAAUUUUCAGCCAGAGUUGGUCCUCUUCUUAUGGGAGUUCCGUUCUGGCCUGGUCCGGAUAAAUCACAGCCUACGCCUCGUGCAUCACUUCGGAAAGACUAUCCUGUGCCGCCGUUAUUUUCGCAGGUGCACAGUGAUGUCGAGAAGAAGUUGAACACUUGGGUAGAUCGUGUUGGGGAUGCAGAUGCAACAUUGACCUUUGUGGGACAAGGGAACCGCGUUCUUAGCAGAUCUGGCAUGAAAGGCAAUGCUUUCUGCCGUCCAGGUAGUGCUCCAGUCGAUUACAGGCCUGAUUCAAUUCGGGCGGGAGGGAGACCUCAAACUCCAUCCACCUGGGCUCACCCAUCUGUUGCUGAUGAAUGGGGCAGUAGAUCUCACUCUGGUUCACCAGAGUGAGAUCUACCUCGACCUCAAACAGUGAACUCUCUGGUGCGAGAUUCCCCUGUUGAACAUCCUAAACCAGCCAAAACUGAAAAUCGAUCACUCUCUCAAAAUCGGAGGCCAUCUACAGCUCAAGCUUGUAUACGUAAUGUUUCUUCAGAGUCUUGGUUCCCUUCACCCCGUGCUUUUGCUGAUAAAAUUAAUGGAAUGAGAAGGAACUAUCAAGCUCAAGGUAAUGACCUUAGGGGCCCAAACAAAGCGAGCUCUGUAAGUGAACAAAGACUUUAUGCCCAGCUCAAAGAUGAUAUAAAUGCUGUGCGACUCUUGAGAUGACAAUUCAUGUUUGUUGUACUCUUCUGUCUGUGUUACGAUGUAAAAUACUUUUGCUUCCGUCAGCACAGUUCCGGCUGAUGACUGUGAUUCACGAUAAGAACAUUCCUUAGCGAAUUGGGGCAGAAAUAAAGUGAACAACGACAAUGAGUGUGGCGAUUGGAG